AUGUUGCAUUUGUAUACUUCACACCACCUUGUGUCACUACUUGCUUUGUGGAGCCUCAGCUGCACAGGUUUGAUCACAGCCUGGCCAGGCAUUCCUGGAAGUAAGCCAAAGGCUGAUUUGGACCCAAAUGUGAGAGACUGGGGAGAUUACUCAGAUCUCCCAGCUGGAAUUGAACAUGGACUUGGACUGGAAGAGGACAGAGAACAUGAAGAAAACAGAGGAGUCAGGGAACCAUCAUCCAACUUGGCUCCUGAGCUGGAUUUCCUGGCUGACUUUGCAGGUAAGAAGCGGCUGUGGGUGAUAACUGCUCCAUCACACAAUGAUAACUACCUACGGAUGAUGGAAAAACAGCUUGAAGACAUGGAGCAGAAAAGGCUGAACUGCCGUUUAGCAGAAAGAGACACUUUCAUCAUAACCAUCAUCCAGAAUGCCAUGAUGGAAGGUCGCAUCCAGAAAACGACUUUUCAAGGAGAUGCAACUGUGGAGAACCUGGAUCCUGACACUGUUACCAAACUGCUUCAUUACCUGGAGCUUUCCAGCCAAGAGCAAACCUUCACCAUACUGGUCAUGAAGAAGAACCUCCAGGUCAGCGAACGUUUUCCUUAUCCAGUCCGUGUUGAGGCAAUUUUGGAGCUCAUUGAUCAGUUCCCAGUGAGGAAACUGGAGAAGAUGACCAGAAAAGGAUCAAACUUAAGGUGUAAAACCACAAAAAAGAGAGUUGUAAUGAAAAGAAAAAAGAAGAUGAAGAAGAUGGUGCUGAGUCCCCAGAGAGCGGGAGACGUGACUUCAGUCGUGGCUUCUCAAAGACAACCCUUGGACAAAAAGGCUGCCCUGAGAAGUAAGAUUCAGGAUAUACUCAAUGGCAAGUCGAGGUUUGUGAUUCGUAAGACACCUGCUGGAUCCACAAGAGGAAAGGCGUCAAACAGUGAUAACUUGGAAACCUCCAAAGUGUCCAGUGGAGUCCAGUCUGUUCCACAAACUGAUGAGAAAGUGGAGAAAGACAAGCCUCCUUCUUCCACUGACAAAGGAAAGGAAAAAAAUGGAGGACAAAACACCAAAAACAAAGAACCAAAUAUAAAGACGGAGACAGAGAAGAAACAGAGCACAAAGAAAAAGGGCAAAGGGAAGAAAGGUAAGAAAGGAAAGGGAAGAGGGAAAAAAUCCAGCAGAGAAGUGAAUGAAGAGGAUAAAACAGCUCUGAGAAUAUUUUUGGACAGUAUGCGAGGGUCCAGAAGGCUGAUGCUGAUCUCGACGCCCAGCAGGGACACAACUCUGUACAUCCAGCAGACUGAGGAGAACAAAAAGCAGCACUGUGAACUCGCCAUCAGGAAGAUAACCGUGGCAACCAUUGUGGGAGAAGGAAGUGACGCCACGAUCUCUGUGCAGCACCAGCAGCUCGAGUCUGAGCGUCCUCUUAAGGAUCAAUCAGAGCAAGACUUUGACUUACGUCUGAUCCCUCUGUUAAGAGCAGAGCUCGGCUUGUCCUCCUCCGACCUUUUCUCAAUGACCGUCACGGAUUAUGACAUCAAACCUAAAAGAGUCUUUGAGGCUCCUCCAUCAAGCCCAGCUCUGUUCGAGUACAUUGACAACUUUCCCUCCAGGUACUCUGAGAAAGAGAAAGAAAGGAAAAGCCCUGCUGUUUGCUCCAAAGACAUACAAGCACCUGAGGUUGAAAACUCACUACUCAGAUUUAUGUCUAAGCGGAGGCUGCUACUGAUUUCUGCUCCCUCAGAAGACGAUUACUCUUUCCAACAGCAGAUUUCUGCUCUCAGUGGUCAAGAGUGUCAACUGGGUAUCCGACACUUUGCUCUGUUGAAAUUGACUGGAAAUGGACAAAAAGCUUCAGGGACUGUUGAGCUAUAUCCUAUAAAUGGUCGCAGUCAAAGUGAGGUGGAGCCAUUAUCUCGUGUUGUGGUCAACAACCUGAGAGAACAGCUGAAAAUCAGUAAGGACUACUUCAGCAUGUUGGUUGUGGGGAAGGACAGCGAUGUCAAGGCAUGGUUCUCGUCACCUAUGUGGUCCCUGGACAACAUCUAUGACCUUGUGGACUCUAUGGAGCUUCGUAUCCAGGAAGCAAACCUCCAGAUGAGUGUGGGGAUCCAGUGUCCCAAGGACAUAGGAAGAGGAGGCGGUGAAGCAGGACACUAUCCUGGUUAUGAUGAAGACCGGGCUGAAGAAACAUACUUAUAUUACCAAUCAGAGAACUAAUUAGAUUUCAUUGAACCUAGAGGAUUCAUGAAAAGCAUCAUAUGUAUUCCUAAUAGAUUAUGAUGGAUAAUGCUAUUUGUUUGAUGAAUACAUGAGGACUCAUGCCAAAAGGACUGACUGAUCCACAACCUACAAGUACAAAUAAACUUCUUCAGGACUCAUUAACAGCAUCAUAUAACUAUAAUUGGACAUGAUAGAAACCACAGCAAAAAAAUGCAGAAUUGCAGCUAAAUUAUGAAGUUGCAAAAUAAGUAAAAAGAACGAUUUACAAUCUGCACACUACAGGUAAAUAUAUAAGAAAUUUUUAAAUAAAAACUUGAUACAGAAAAAGAAAAGGAGUGUUUUGUUGACAAAAGAAAUGACGAACAGAUGCUUGACCUCCAUCUGUUAUGUGAAGCUGUUUGCUCUGAUUUUACCUGCUGUUUGCAGCAGGGGAAAGAGGCUGUAUUCCAGGCGGAGGAGGGGAUUGUGAUUUUUGGCAGCACGUCUGUCCAAUUUGUCUCAACCACAUACAUUGUUUAAAGUAAAUGAAGAGAAGAGGCUUAUGUUGAAGUGUUGCAAUUCUAUAAAUGUAAGUUAGGCUUUGCUUGAAAAUGUGUGUUUUGUUUUCAAAACAAAUCUUACAAACAACUUUGGUCUCCAAAAUGUGGAGUUAUGGCACAUAAGUUUGUUUUGAUUAAAAGUAUGAAAAAGGAGUUCAGUAAAAACUUGUUUAAGAGAAGAAAAACAGAGGCACCUCAUCAUCUUGUCUCACAGAGAAGCUGAUGAAGUAGCCACCUGGACCUCAUAAUAAACCUGUUGAAGUCUUUCCAGUUAGGAUAUCUCUGAUAGUGAUUUAAGAGAGAAACAUGGUGGCUGAGGCCUCUUCACAGUCUGGCAACAACUGGUGAAGGUCUGCUUAAAGACUGUGCAAAGAUGAGGGAGGAAACCUGUGGAAACCAUCUGGAACUGAGAGAGAGCAGAGAGCCUUAUGAAGCCAGGCAGUGGGAAGCCUCUCUAUGUGGAGUGUAAUGUUGAAUUGAGCUAAGGUUCACAAAAAGUGACUACACCAGGAAUGUUAAUAAAUGAUAGCAAUAAAAAUGGGUUCAUCUGCAAAUCUGGGUUGGAUCAUUGUAGAGUCGUAGAUAUUUUGUUCUGAAGGAAAUCUUUGAGAACUGUGCCAGAUCAAGCUUCUGGUCACUGCUCUCUCCCAGGAAAAUAACACAAACACAAGUUUCUUUAUAUGAAAGCUAAAGCUUUCCUGUACUUGAGGGGGCCACAGUCUGUGAAGGUUAUAUAGGAUCAGACCUGUUUUCUGUUUCUACAUCACAGCAGUAUAACACGGCAUAUUUUUGUGCCAUGCCCUAAUAAAAACCACUCUUUUCA